CGGCGCGAGUUGCUGGGCGCGCUGCUCCGGCGGGGCCCGCUGGCACAGCCGCCUUGCGCGAGCUGCCCGCCGGGCGGGGUGAAGCUGUGAGCGUUCUGAGCCCCGGGCCCCGGGCCGCCCGCGCUGCCCUCCCGCCGCCGCCGCCCUCCGCGCCUCCUCUGGGCGGCCCCGCCCCCGUUCCCAUCCCCCUCGCGCUCACCUCCCGGCUGUGCCGCGCGCCAGGCGGAGCGAGGCGCCCGCCGCCGCCGUCGCCGCGCCGAGGGGCGAGAGCCUGCACCCGCGCCGCCGCUGACAGGAGGACCGCCGCGGGCUGCGCUCGCCGGCCGCGAGGCCCCGCCGCGCCUUUCUCGGGCGCAGACCCACCGCAGGCAUCGGAGCGCAGCGAGGUGGUCUGGGAAUCGCGGGCGGCGCCGGCGGGCGGCGCGGUCCUCACAGGAGACCCUAGGGACUGGGUCUGGACCCUGAGGUGCACCGAGCCCCUCAGAGCGGCAGUUUUGUGAGUACUUGAGUAGCACAACCAUGUUUCGGAAUAGUCUCAAGAUGCUUCUUACUGGAGGGAAAUCAAGUCGUAAAAACAGAUCAAGUGAUGGAGGGAGCGAGGAACCACCGGAUCGAAGACAGUCAAGUGUAGACUCUCGCCAGAGCCGCUCUGGGCAAGGUGGCAUCUCCACAGAAAGCGACUGUGCUUUUGAGCCAGACUACGCCGUCCCACCACUUCCAGUGAGUGAAGGUAUGCAGCACAUUCGGAUUAUGGAGGGCAUGUCUCGCUCUCUUCCAUCCUCCCCCUUACUCACACAUCAGUCUAUCAGUGUUCGGCUCCAACCUGUGAAGAAGUUAACUGCCCCUCUGAGGAAGGCAAAGUUUGUUGAAAGCCCACGAAUUCCAGAAUCCGAGCUUGGCUCACCAACUCUCACUUCAGCUCAGAAACUGGACGUGGAUGCAUACUGCCCUGGUGAUGCUGAACAGGAACUUGGCCCCCCUCCCUCUGUAGAUGAGGCAGCAAACACACUCAUGACUCGUCUGGGUUUCCUCCUUGGAGAGAAAGUCACAGAAGUUCAGCCAGGUGACCAAUACAACAUGGAAGUACAGGAUGAAAAUCAGACCUCAGCAAUCACCCAGCGGAUAAGUCCCUGUUCCACCUUGACUAGCAGCACUGCCUCUCCACCAGCCAGUAGCCCCUGCUCCACUCUCCCGCCUGUCAGUACGAAUGCAACUGCCAAGGAUUGCAGCUAUGGGGCUGUCACUAGUCCAAGCUCCACCCUUGAAAGCAGAGAUAGUGGUAUCAUUGCUACAUUGACAAGCUAUUCUGAAAAUGUGGAACGCACAAAAUAUGUUGGGGAAAGCAGUAAAGAAUUAGGAUCUGGAGGAAACCUAAAACCUUGGCAGUCUCAAAAAUCCAGCAUGGAUUCCUGUUUAUAUCGAGUAGAUGAAAACAUGACGGCUUCCACCUAUAGUCUGAAUAAGAUCCCAGAGAGGAAUUUGGAAACAGUUUUAUCACAAUCGGUACAGUCUAUUCCUCUGUAUCUUAUGCCACGGCCAAAUUCAGUAGCAGCCACAAGCUCUGCCCAUUUGGAGGACCUCGCUUACCUGGAUGAACAGAGACAUACACCUUUGAGAACUUCUCUUCGAAUGCCAAGACAGAGCAUGGGUGGUGCUCGCACACAACAGGAUUUAAGAGUUCGCUUUGCACCUUAUAGGCCUCCAGAUAUCUCCCUGAAGCCUCUGCUCUUUGAAGUGCCCAGCAUCACUACAGAGUCAGUGUUUGUUGGCCGGGAUUGGGUUUUCCACGAAAUAGAUGCUCAACUUCAAAGUUCAAAUGCCAGCGUGAACCAAGGAGUAGUGAUCGUGGGAAACAUUGGGUUUGGCAAAACUGCCAUCAUUUCCAGACUGGUGGCCCUCAGCUGCCAUGGUACACGGAUGAGACAGAUCGCCUCAGACAGCCCACAUGCCUCCCCUAAACAUGUGGAUGCCAACAGAGAGCUGUCACUCACACAGCCACCUUCAGCCCACUCAUCUAUCACCAGUGGAAGCUGCCCAGGAACUCCAGAAAUGCGCAGGCGGCAGGAGGAAGCUAUGCGGAGACUAGCCUCUCAGGUGGUUGCCUAUCACUAUUGCCAAGCAGAUAAUGCCUACACCUGCCUGGUACCGGAAUUUGUCCACAAUGUUGCUGCCCUGCUCUGCCGCUCACCUCAGCUGGCAGCCUAUCGGGAGCAGCUUCUUCGGGAGCCUCACCUACAGAGCAUGCUGAGCCUUCGGUCCUGUGUUCAAGACCCCAUGGCCUCCUUCCGGAGGGGAGUCCUGGAGCCCCUGGAGAAUCUCCACAAAGAGAGAAAAAUCCCAGAUGAAGAUUUCAUCAUCUUAAUUGAUGGAUUAAAUGAAGCAGAAUUUCACAAACCGGAUUAUGGGGAUACAAUUGUAUCAUUUCUGAGUAAAAUGAUUGGAAAAUUUCCUUCCUGGCUCAAACUAAUUGUAACAGUUAGGACCAGUUUACAGGAAAUUACCAAGCUGCUGCCUUUCCAUAGGAUUUUUUUGGAUCGACUAGAAGAGAAUGAAGCCAUAGACCAGGACCUGCAGGCUUACAUCCUGCACCGGAUACACAGCAGCUCAGAGAUCCAGAAUAACAUUUCACUUAAUGGCAAAAUGGACAAUACUACAUUUGGCAAACUCAGUUCUCAUCUCAAGACGCUCAGUCAAGGGUCCUAUCUAUACCUGAAACUCACAUUUGACCUCAUAGAGAAAGGCUAUCUAGUGUUAAAGAGCUCUAGCUACAAAGUAGUUCCUGUUUCGCUUUCUGAGGUUUAUCUACUCCAGUGCAAUAUGAAGUUCCCAACCCAGUCUUCCUUUGACCGGGUGAUGCCUCUCCUGAAUGUGGCAGUAGCCUCUCUCCACCCACUGACUGAUGAACAUAUCUUCCAGGCCAUCAAUGCUGGUAGCAUUGAAGGCACACUGGAAUGGGAGGAUUUUCAGCAGAGAAUGGAGAACCUCUCCAUGUUCCUAAUCAAGCGCAGAGACAUGACUCGUAUGUUUGUACAUCCUUCUUUUCGAGAAUGGCUUAUCUGGAGAGAAGAAGGAGAGAAAACCAAAUUUCUCUGUGAUCCCAGGAGUGGACACACAUUACUUGCCUUCUGGUUUUCCCGCCAAGAGGGAAAACUAAACCGACAGCAGACUAUUGAACUGGGACAUCACAUCCUCAAAGCACACAUUUUUAAGGGUUUGAGUAAAAAAGUUGGUGUAUCAUCCUCAAUCCUCCAAGGUCUCUGGAUCUCCUAUAGCACAGAAGGUCUUUCCAUGGCAUUGGCAUCUUUACGAAAUCUCUACACUCCAAAUAUAAAGGUCAGCCGACUGCUGAUUUUGGGAGGUGCCAACAUUAAUUACCGGACAGAGGUUUUAAAUAAUGCUCCAAUUCUAUGUGUCCAGUCUCAUCUUGGUUACACGGAAAUGGUGGCCCUGCUGUUGGAGUUUGGGGCCAAUGUGGAUGCCUCUUCUGAAAGCGGUCUGACUCCUCUGGGCUAUGCCGCAGCAGCAGGCUACCUGAGCAUUGUUGUGCUGCUGUGCAAGAAACGGGCUAAGGUGGAUCACUUGGAUAAGAACGGACAGUGUGCUUUGGUCCAUGCUGCACUCCGAGGUCAUCUGGAGGUUGUCAAGUUUUUGAUUCAGUGUGACUGGACAAUGGCUGGCCAGCAGCAAGGAGUGUUUAAAAAGAGUCACGCCAUCCAACAGGCCCUCAUUGCUGCAGCCAGCAUGGGUUACACUGAGAUUGUCUCCUACCUACUUGAUCUUCCAGAAAAAGAUGAAGAGGAAGUGGAGAGAGCACAGAUCAACAGCUUUGACAGUCUCUGGGGAGAGACAGCCCUGACAGCUGCAGCCGGAAGGGGUAAACUGGAGGUGUGUCGUCUGCUCUUGGAACAAGGGGCAGCAGUAGCCCAGCCAAACCGCCGAGGGGCAGUGCCCCUAUUCAGCACUGUUCGCCAGGGCCACUGGCAGAUUGUUGAUCUUUUACUCACCCAUGGAGCUGAUGUCAACAUGGCAGACAAGCAGGGCCGUACUCCCCUGAUGAUGGCUGCUUCCGAAGGCCAUCUAGGAACCGUGGACUUUCUUCUUGCACAAGGUGCCUCCAUUGCUCUAAUGGACAAAGAAGGAUUGACAGCCCUCAGCUGGGCUUGUUUGAAGGGUCAUCUCUCAGUAGUUCGUUCUCUGGUGGAUAAUGGAGCUGCCACAGACCAUGCGGACAAGAAUGGCCGCACCCCACUGGAUCUGGCAGCUUUCUAUGGUGAUGCUGAGGUGGUCCAGUUCCUGGUGGAUCACGGGGCCAUGAUCGAGCAUGUUGACUACAGCGGAAUGCGCCCUUUGGAUAGGGCAGUGGGGUGCCGGAACACUUCUGUUGUUGUCACUCUUCUGAAGAAAGGAGCCAAGAUAGGUUGUCAGACGUUACCGAGUCGCCCACGAGGUCCAGCCACAUGGGCGAUGGCCACCUCCAAACCAGACAUCAUGAUCAUCCUCUUGAGCAAGCUGAUGGAAGAGGGGGACAUGUUUUAUAAGAAAGGUAAAGUAAAGGAAGCAGCCCAGCGCUACCAGUAUGCUCUGAAGAAAUUCCCUAGAGAAGGGUUUGGUGAGGACUUGAAAACUUUCCGGGAGCUAAAGGUGUCUCUUCUCCUCAACCUCUCACGGUGUCGCAGGAAAAUGAACGAUUUUGGAAUGGCGGAGGAAUUUGCUACUAAGGCCCUGGAGCUGAAACCGAAAUCUUAUGAAGCUUACUAUGCAAGAGCAAGGGCAAAACGCAGCAGCAGACAGUUUGCAGCAGCGUUAGAGGACCUGAACGAGGCCAUCAAGCUAUGUCCAAACAACCGUGAGAUCCAGAGACUUCUGAUGAGAGUGGAGGAAGAGUGUAGACAGAUGCAGCAGCAACAGCAGCAGCAGCCACCACAGCAGCAGCCUCAGCAGCAGUUACCAGAAGAAACAGAACCUGAACCACAGCAAGAAGAUAUAUACUCUGUUCAAGAUAUAUUCGAGGAGGAGUACCUGGAACAGGAUGUUGAAAAUGUUUCCAUCGGCCUCCAGACAGAGGCUCGGCCCAGUCAGGGGCUCCCAAUAAUCCAGAGCCCACCUUCUUCUCCAGCCCAUCGUGACUCAGCCUACAUCUCUAGCUCACCUCUUGGCUCUCAUCAGGUUUUUGACUUUCGAUCCAGUAGUUCUAUAGGUUCUCCCACUAGACAGGGCUAUCAGUCCACCUCACCUGCUCUUUCUCCAACUCACCAGAACUCUCAUUACAGGCCUAGCCCACCACACACUUCGCCCGCUCAUCAGGGUGGAUCUUACCGCUUCAGCCCCCCUCCUAUGGGAGGGCAGGGCAAAGAGUACCCGAGCCCUCCCCCUUCCCCUCUCCGUAGAGGCCCUCAGUAUCGGGCCAGCCCUCCAGCUGAAAGCAUGAAUGUUUAUAGAUCUCAGUCUGGUUCACCCGUGCGUUAUCAGCAAGAAACAAAUGUUAGUCAGCUUCCUGGCAGACCAAAAUCUCCAUUAUCCAAAAUGGCCCAGCGACCCUACCAGAUGCCUCAGCUUCCUGUGGCGGUUCCCCAGCAGGGGCUCAGGCUGCAGCCUGCCAAGGCCCAGAUUGUGAGAAGCAAUCAGCCCAGCUCAGCAGUUCAUUCAAGCACUGUCAUCUCCACAGGGGCCUAUGGCCAAGUAGCCCAUUCAAUGGCUAGUAAAUACCAGUCUUCACAAGGAGACAUAGGAGUAAGUCAGAGCCGGUUGGUUUAUCAAGGGUCAAUUGGGGGGAUAGUAGGGGAUGGGAGACCCGUACAGCAUGUCCAGGCCAGCCUGAGUGCAGGUGCCAUUUGUCAGCAUGGAGGGUUGACCAAAGAAGACCUUCCACAGCGACCUUCCUCAGCCUAUCGAGGUGGCAUGAGAUACAGCCAGACACCACAGAUUGGGCGUAGCCAGUCCGCAUCCUAUUACCCAGUCUGUCACUCAAAACUAGAUCUGGAGCGUUCUUCUAGCCAACUAGGUUCCCCUGAUGUGUCACAUCUAAUCAGAAGACCUAUUAGUGUCAACCCUAAUGAAAUCAAACCCCAUCCACCAACUCCCAGGCCAUUGCUGCACUCCCAAAGUGUAGGCCUUCGCUUUUCUCCAUCUAGCAAUAGUAUCUCAUCCACCUCCAACCUAACUCCUACCUUCCGGCCAUCUUCCUCGAUUCAGCAAAUGGAGAUCCCACUAAAACCGGCAUAUGAUAGGUCAUGUGACGAGCUGUCGCCAGUGUCUCCCACUCAGGGAGGUUACCCCAGUGAGCCCACCCGAUCCAGGACCACACCAUUCAUGGGGAUCAUAGAUAAAACAGCCCGGACUCAACAGUACCCCCACCUUCACCAGCAAAAUCGGACCUGGGCAGUGUCAUCAGUGGAUACCGUUCUCAGUCCCACAUCUCCAGGCAACCUGCCUCAGCCUGAGUCCUUCAGUCCACCAUCAUCCAUCAGCAACAUUGCCUUUUAUAACAAAACCAACAAUGCACAGAAUGGCCAUUUGCUGGAGGACGAUUAUUACAGCCCCCAUGGGAUACUGGCAAAUGGGUCCCGUGGAGACCUCUUGGAGAGAGUCAGUCAGGCCUCCUCAUAUCCUGACGUGAAGGUGGCUCGGACCCUCCCUGUGGCUCAGGCAUACCAGGACAACCUGUACAGGCAGUUGUCCCGGGACUCUCGACAAGGGCAGACAUCCCCUAUCAAACCAAAGAGACCAUUUGUGGAGUCUAAUGUUUAAAAGACGUUUGUUGGAGUGAGACCCAUGUUUUCAUUGCACAUUUUCAGGCUUGGUUUCCACAUUUGAGGUAGUUCUCUGGCUUAAUUUCUCAUGUAGUUUCUGUGUGGUGUUCAGAGGUGGCAGCCCACAUGCUGAAAUCCUUUGCAUGCAGCCGACUGGGAAGCUGGCCUCCAGUGAGCCAGGACUUCAGUUUCUCUUGUCUGUGCCCCAGCCACAUGCUCUUUCCCUCCUUCAGAUGCCAACGAGGAGAUUGUUGUGCCGUGUGCUUUAACCCAGGGAGAUCAGACACACUGGUCAGCUUUUUCCAGGAGACAAUCGUUUUCACUGAUGUUCUUGUUGUGCAGACGUCUCUCUCCUUUUUUACAAAAGUAAGAUGUUCUUGUUCGUUUUCUUCUAGGAACUUUAGAAAGAGUGUGACGCCCCUUUGCCUUUGCAUUCUUAUCCAGUGUUAUCCAAAUAGCCAGCCCCCAGUGCAUUCUUGUGCCAUGGUCUCCUCCCCUGGACUGCCAGCUCCCUGCAGUUAUCAGGUCUACAAUGUUCAUUUAGAUUAUUACUGGUCUUCCUGUGAUGGUCAAGGGAUCAAGGAGAAAGAGAAAAAAUAAGUCUGUUAAAUUGGAAGGAAAAAAAUAAUAUAAUUUGAAAUGUCACUACCUUGAUUUCCCAAAAGGCAUCUUAGGAACACUUAGAAAACAAAGCAGCCCUUUAAAUAUUUCAGUCAGCCAAUGAAAUUGGGUGAGAAUCAUGGGUAUUUUAAAAUAAUUCACUGAGAGUUAUUUAGAUUUUUAGCUAAAUUAACCAUUAAAAGCUACUGAUUUUCCAUGGGUGGGCAGGAAAUAAACAAAUAUGAGGAAAGAGAGAGAGAGAAAGAAAGACUGUUCUGGAUUCUCAGUGAAAGGCUGUAGAAAAUCUUUGUCUUGGAAAA